AUGACCUCCAACGACUCGCUCUACGCCACUCUCACCCUUCGGGAUGUCGACGAACAUGACUCUCUUCCGGAACGAACCAUAAUCCUCAAGUCCCCAGAUUGGGAGAUCAAGAUCGGUCGUGGUACCUUGAGUGGCAAUGAAAACCUGCACCCGGCGAAAGAAAAUGCCUGGUUUGAUUCAAGAGUAAUGUCAAGAGAUCAUGCUAUACUUCUGGCGAAUCCAUGCAGCAGAGAAAUCGCCAUUCAGGACAUUGGCUCCAUGCAUGGAACACAUGUUGCCGGAAGGAGAUUGAAAGCGAACCAGCUGGAGAUUCUGUCAUCGGGAGAUGUCGUUACCUUGGGUGCGGAUGUUACGAGAGGUAGCCUUUAUUUCCAUGCUCUCAAAGUCAUCAUCACUUGGGCCUGGUCGGACGAAUGCGCAUCUUCUACCGAUAUUGCUCAGCCUAUGCUCGGGAAUGUGUACCGAAAUUCUUUUUCUGCCGACUACAGUGAAGAAGACCCCGACUCGGAGCUUUAUGAUGAUCGGGAGGACGAAGGGAAUAAAACGGAAGAGGACCAUUAUGACGACAACGAAUCAGAAGAACCGGAAGAACCUGAAGACAAGACUGAGGUCGCUGGAGAUUCUCUUCGCGCCCAAAGUAUCGAAAUCGUCAUCCCACCACGUACCUUCACGGUUCCCGAGUCCGAUGAUUCCGAUGCAGGCAGUUACAUCUCAGGUGAAGACAUCUAUGAGAAGGAAAGUCCAGCCUCCAGUCCGAUUGUUUUGAGCGACACAAACGAGGUCAAGGGCGAGGAACCAGUUGAAGUCUCGGACUCUGAAGUGGAAAACGUGCCACCGACCCAUCAUCACCAUCCAGCAAGGCCUGUGGCACACCCUGUCAACUCAAGUGACGAAACUCUCAACAGUGGACAAAUCCAAAAGGUUUCUCUAACGGACGACUCUUCUGAGGACUACGCGCAUGGUGAAGACGACGCCUGCCAUGAAGAACUUGUUCCUCAGUCGAUGACGUCCGCGGAAUCAAUGCCGAAGGCUCCCGGCUUGAUUGGACACUUCGACCCAUCCACCGUGGCCUCGAAGAAUCCACUCACGAUCUCCUACCAUUCAGAAACUAUUCGAACCCCAAGUCCAUCUGAUGCAGCAAUGGUUAAGCCAUCGAUUGAAUCCCAUUUCUCCCCGCCAUUUUCGCAACAGACGCCGUCGGCUGCAGUGUCAGACGGUGCCCCUGGUGAACCGGGUCGAUCAACCUCCGCUUGGGCAGGACACAACUCUGUUUUGUACGAACCCAUGCCACACGGCCAGGUUAUGUCCGGGUAUGGAGCACAAGAAGUCAUUCCUGCUCCGCAGCUACUUCCAUCCAUGAGCUUCAUGGACAAUUGGGAGUCAUCUUCAUUUGAGCCAACGUACCUUUUUCAGGACUCAUCAUCCUUCUUAACGGGUUCUCAUCAAACUUCGCGAGUCUCGAUUGCCAAUAUCGUUGCUGGACCUCCGACAGAAAAGCCCCUUGAGCCCAAGUCAAAUUCAUUGAAGCGCAAGGCCGAUCAAACCUCGUCGGAUUCCACUCUUGGAGAUGCAGCUGGAUCUCCCGAGCUUGUUUCUGCUGAGUCUGACGAAAGCGCGGCCGUGGUGGCCCAAGGUAGCCUGGGUGAGGAGAAUCAAGAGAACAAAGACCAGUCGCAUACUACCCCUGACCCGGUCCGGGAGGUAGCUGUGAAUAAAGUGACCUCGGAUGCCGAGAUGCCACCACGCAAAAAGGUCAAAAAGAGCAAAUCAAGACAAACCGAGGAGCGUGGCAAAGCUACGGGCAAUUUCGUCAAGAUUGCUGCCGCUGCAAUGGCUGGUAUGGCCAUCGGAACCGUGGGAACGAUCGUUGGUCUUGCUGCUUUGCCCCAAGACUAUUUCGUCUAA